CACGUGAUUAAAAAUUAUUACUAGUAAAUACAGAGCUAUAGGAUUUCGUAUUCUAACUGAAAAAUGGAAACUAAAAUAAAUUUUGAAAACAAUAAUAAUGAAUCGGAGUUUAGAGAAGUAUUAACUGGAAGUUUUCCUGAUAAUUUCGACGAUUUCGAGGAAUUUACAGACUUUGCUAAUGGGAGCGAUUUAGAAACUUUUCAAGAAACAAUAGAGAAAGGGCAUAAAAUUGACGAUUUUGAUGAUUUUGCAGAUUUUACAGAAAGUAGUGAUUCAUUUGAAAAAUUAGGGAAUUUUCAAGAAAAUAAUUUAAAUAAUAAUUUUGGUAUACAGCUUUCGAAUGUUUCGUUUGAAACAAAAUUACCUCAAGUGGAUAUUGAAAAUUUAUCAAGUGUAUUGGAUAAAGUAUUUCGAUCAAAUGACGAUAUAUCUUCAACAAAUAUAAAAGAAAUCUAUUCCGAUGAUGAUACUGGAUUAGAAGCCAUAUUAAAUACACCUGGAAGUUUAGAAAUAUGGCGACAAAUAUCUUAUGAGACAACUGAAAAUCCUUUUCAGUGGAAAAGAUCCAAAAUAAGAAGAGAAUUUUACGCUUCUUUGGGAAUUGAUGUUGCAGAAGAGAUAAAAGUGCCAGUCAAUACAAAUACAAUGAUAUCGAUUCCGUCAAUGUUAUCUCCACAACCAUUACGACCUGCUUCGAAAUCAGCAACGUGUUCGUCCUCAGCACCUGUUAGUAGGUCCACAACACCUUCAUCAAAUAACAAUCUUUCCAGCUCUUCAUAUGGAAAUCUUUCUAAAACAAAUAAUACAUCGUCGCACUCAGAGAUACCAAAACAAAUUGAUGUUGAAUUGGCUAAGUCGCUAUGUUCAAUAUCAGAAGAAACUCUACAGGAAUAUACAACAACUCAAUUAUUUACUCUUAAAUCACAAAUUCUUUCAUUGUCGCGUCAAACCUCGGAUAUUCUUACAUAUUGGUUGGAUCAACGCGAGCAAACAAUGAUGGAUUCAGAAACAUACAACCGAAUGAUUGAACGCUUAGUUGGUCACGCACAGAAACUUCGUGAUGGUGGGAGUAGUCAAAGCAAGAGUUGGGAGAAUAGAGGAAAGAAAAAGAAUAGUGUUGCUAGCGGCUUGGCCUCAAUUAGCCUUUCUUUUAAGAACAAAAAAGCUCAAUUGAGUUCUCCGAUUUCUCCUAAAUCCGCUUCCUCAGAAGUCUCAAUAAAUAAUAAGACCACGAUCAGAAACAACAUUGGGAUGCAAGAGAGACCUCUUUCUAUGUAACAAAAUAAAUAUUAUAAUUUAUUUCUACAAUCGCAUAAAACUUAAAAACUAAUUAAUUAUUUUCUUUUAAUUAUUUUACAAUUUAUUUUAAAAUAACUAAAUGUUUAAAACUUUUCAUUUCACUGUAAUAGGUAAUAGUAAAAGAGAG